AAACAGGAAGAGACUAGAGUCAGGUAACCAGAAACCGCUCUUUCAUUCUAUGCGUGAAACGCAUGAAGCGCGUCGCUGUGGGAGAGGCACAAAGUUUGCAGUGGAUGUUUGAAUCUCGUUUCUUUUUAUUUUAUGUCAGCAUAACGGCGUUUUGUAUGUCGCUCGGUAGCGGUUUCGAACCAACCGGUUUGGUAAAACCAUAAAUCCUUCCUUUGCUCUUGGCGAAGCUCCUCAGGUGUUUUGUCCUUCCAGCAGCAGAAGAAGACGCGCUAAAGUUUGCCUUCUUCGUCCAUUCCGUUCGAUGCGAACUCCUGCCUACAUUUGAACUAAGUUACAUUAGUUCCGCUUUCCGCUUGUUUGUACAUAAACACUUCAUCACCUAUCCAGAAGGACAUACAUACGGGCCAGUGCAUCAGGUCCAGGAUGGAACAUGAAGCAGAGAAGUACCAGCAGCGACUGAAAGCUAUAGCGGAGAAACGGCGGAUACAGGAGGAACAGGAGCGAGCCAAGAGAGAAAUUGAGGAUGAGAGACUGAGACUUCAGCAGCUCAAGAGGAAGUCCCUCAGAGACCAGUGGCUGAUGGAAGGACCUCCUACAUCUCCUGACAGUACAGGACCUCGAUCACCCCUCUGGGGCGGCAAGGCUCAGGAGAUAGAGACGCACAUUAACAAAUUACAGGUGACGUCUGAGCAGUUGGCAGAGGAAGAACUGAAACUGAAGCAACUCAUUGAAGACGGUUCCAGCCAAACUGGCACAGACGCCCAGACACGCCAUAAGGGAGAGGCCGUGGUGGAGCCAGCGUUAGCAGCAAUUGCUGAGACGGCCCCUAAUGGACCUAUCGUGGAGAAUGGAAAAGAGGAAAAGAAAGAAGAUACUGUGCAGGCUGAAAAUCAUGACGUGGAGGAAGCAGAACCUGUUACUAAAACAGAAACAGACACCUCACCGCCUCAUAAUGGAAGUGCUUUUAACGGAAAUGUGGAAGGAGAAUUGACACACAAUAUUUCAGAAGAGGAAGAACAUGCUUCUGCUAAUGGCCUUAUCAGCCACCCUGCUGAAGGACUAGGUGCUGGUGGUGUAACUAUGACUUUCCUUGGCUUCAAGGAGGUGGAGCCUGGACAGGGAGUAGAUGAGGAUGAUGACGGCGGAGCAAUUAUCCGAGCAGAAAGAGUCAUCAUCACAGAGGAAGGAGAGGAAAUCCCAGAGGAGAAUGACAAAACUACUCAAGAACCUACUACGGAUGCCACAAAUGAAGACCAUUCUGGAAACACAGAUGAAAAUGGUGGUGAGGAGAAGACAGAGAACCAUCCGGAAGCUUCUGCUGACCCAGAGCAGGCACAAGAGAUUGAAGAUCUUCCUGCUGAGGAGAUCCUUACAGAUGAAGCUUUGGAAGUCAAGACACAAGAGCUUGAGCAAGGGGAGAAAGAUCUUCUCGAAUCGACUGAAACGCAACCCCAGAAUUUGACAGUUGACGGCGCUAUCGAGACCCAGGUUCCAGUGUAUUCCACAACACAACCGUCUCCAGCAAUCGCACCAAAAGUCGAAGCAAACACAACAGAAUCACAAACCCCAAAAGACGAGGAGGUCAUGCCCACCUCGCGCAUCUCGCUCAGCCAAUUUCAGGAGGUUCCACUGGAUGGCGUCGGAGAAACAGGAGAGUCUAAUGUCAAGGCGGAAAUGGGGAAGCAGCGAGCCGAACAAGAGCCGCUGCUCGUCUCCAAAGCAGCGGCUCAGCUGGAUACCAGUGCCGCAAAUCGAGCAGAGGACGCAGGUGCACCUAAACGAAAAACCUGCCAGUGCUGUUCGAUCAUGUGAACAAGCUGUUGACAUUUGACUGUGACUCUUUUUGUUCUCCAUUCUAUUUCAUCUUGUCUGUUACUCUGAAUAUAGAGUUUGUAUUUCAAGACGUUCAUAUUUUGAUCUGAAACUUGCAGUGUCAAAGCACAGAGUGUUUAUGAUGUACUGAAGCCUUCUAGACUUGCAUCGCCUUCACUGUAUUGAAUCUACUCUUUUCUGUGUAAGAAGCUGCACAUUGCCUUGCAGGAAAAGACUGGAAAAGGCUUCGGUGUGCAUGUUGUUGUUGAUGUGUCACCAUUGGUUGCAUUGCCAGCCUCUGGUGUCUGAUUAUGAUCCUGUUUUUAUGUCUGGCGACUCUAGAGCGUUGGCUGCCGACCCAAAGAGACCUUGACGGUUUUAACACUACCAUAUAAAAAUAUUGUGUUUUUCUCAGUGCCGUGGGAAUAGUACCACGUCGGUAAUUAGUAAGUCUCAAACUACAAUAGUUGUGGCAUUCUCUAUUAGACACCAUUCGUGUGGCUUGUUUUUGAAUCAAAGCAAAGCCACUGAAUGGUUACCUGUGAUUUUAUACACACUGUAACAUCUUCAGAGUUUUUUUAUUGGUGAUGUGAAAGGAGAUUCAGUUUGAUUGCUUUUAUUGUUACAGUGCCUUUAACUGCCCGACAGAAGUGUUUUUUAGACUUUAAAGGCAUGGUUUACCCAAAAUUGAAAUGUCUGUGAUGAAAAUCAUUACAUGUUGUUUCAAAGAAAAGCGUUUCUUCUGCAGGACAAAGAAGAUAGAUUGAAGAGUGUUUUAAUUAAGAGAUUAUUUUGCCCUGCAGAAGAAAGAGUUACAUGCAGGUUUGGAACAACAUGAGGAUAAGUAAAUGAUGACAGAAUGGUGAACUGUCCUUUUAAUGUGACCCUAUGAACAGUGUACAGUAUACGGCACAAAGCCCUUUAUCACUCUUUUUAUGUUCAAUUUCCCACUAACAUUUCUAUAACGACUGCUCCUGUUGACUCUCGUUAACGCUGUUUAAACUGUGUGUGAAAGAGGUUCAUAUUCCAUGAUAUGUAAUCAAUACUAUUCAAAGUUUUCAGUUGGAUUCAGGAACUUUUUUUUUCAGCAUAGAAAGUUUGAUGUAAAUUCUCAGUGCCUUAACUGAGUGCCUGUUUGUACAGUUUAAAUAAAGAGCUGAAUGAGAACCGGUGAGGAUUUUGUAUAGAAAGUUUACAUGGAAGAGCUGCAGGAUUAAUAAACUAAACUGAAAUUUAA